CACGCCCACACAAACUGACCGAGACACACCCACACAAUGGCGUCUGAACAUAGCUCAGCAAAUCCUCUGCAGGAAGAAGAGAGUAUGGAGAUUGACGACUCCCUUUACAGUCGUCAGAGAUACGUCCUGGGUGAUACAGCAAUGCACAAAAUGGCUGCCUCUAAAGUCUUCAUCAGUGGAUUGGGAGGACUGGGAGUAGAAAUAACAAAGAAUGUUAUUCUAGCCGGUGUCAAGUCUGUAACAGUUCAUGAUACUAAGGUUGCUAAAAUGGCUGAUCUUUCCUCUCAGUUUUUCCUGAGGCCAGACGAUGUACAGAAAUCAAGAAACAGAGCUGAAGCAAGUUGUGAAAUGCUAAAAGACCUCAAUCCUUAUGUUGAUGUUAAUCACGUCUCAUUUCCGCUUGAUCUUAACACUGAUCUAUCAUUUCUAGCUGAGUACCAGUGUGUUGUUUUCACCGAUGAUAUCAGCUUUGAGUUAUUGGUUAAGAUUAAUCAGUUCUGUCAUACCCAGCCACAACCUAUAAAAUUUAUUGCUGGUUUGGUGAGAGGUGUGGCUUGCUUUGGUUUUUGUGAUUUCGGUGACAAUUUUAUUGUUCUGGACAAGAAUGGAGAGGAACCAGCAGACUUCUUUAUAUCUCACAUAAGCCAGUCUAAUCCAGGAGUUGUAUCAUGCCUGCCCAAUGAGAGACAUGGCCUUGAAGAUGAUGAUAUUGUAGAGAUAAUUGAAGUGAUGGGAAUGGAUGAAUCAAUCAAUAAUAAUCAGUUUAAAAUUAAAAUAUUAAGUCCUAGUAAGUUUAGUAUAAAUGUUGACACUAGCUCCAGCACUCCUUAUAAGAAUGGAGGAAGAGUGAAGCAAGUCAAGACACCUUUUAAUGUUAAUUUUAGGUCAUUGUCAGAAGAGAUGGCUGCUCCCACUUAUCAAAUUGUUGAUUUUUCUAAAAUGGAUCAGCCUCCCCACCUCCACCUCUUUUUCCUUACACUGGACAAAUACAUGAGCAAUACCAAUGGAGCAUUCCCUAGCAUAAAUGGAAGUGAUGAUGAAUACUUAUUCAAAUUAGCAGCUGAGAUCAAUCAGAUGUAUCAUUUGGUUGAUAAUAUUAAUGAGAAGUUGUUUGGGCAGUUGUUUUGUGCUAGUUCUGGUCUGUUGCCUCCAUUGGCCUCAGUGUUAGGAGGUAUACUGGCACAAGAGACCCUCAUUGCUGUGACUGGGAAAUUCUCUCCUUUAAAACAAUGGCUGUUUAUUGAUGCUGUCGAAGUCAUUCCUGAUCAAAGGCCACUGAUUGUAUCAACUGAUAUUGAUGACAGAUACAAAAACCUGAGGAUUUGCAUUGGAGACGAAUUAUUUAACAGAUUGGCGAGCCUGAAAUUAUUCAUGGUUGGUUGUGGUGCUAUUGGUUGUGAGAUGUUAAAAGGCUACGCUUUGCUAGGAGUGGGUCAGAGUGAGAGAGGAGGUCACAUUAUCAUCACUGAUAAUGACAUCAUUGAGAAAUCAAACCUUAACAGACAGUUCCUUUUCAGAUCACAUCAUAUACAACAACACAAGUCAGUGGUAGCAGCUGCUUCAGUGAGGGAUAUCAAUCCAGAUUUAUCAAUUGAACCACAGCGUUACAAAGUGUUUCCUGGUACUGAAGAAAAGGUCUACAAUGAC